AUGAACAACUUUGGCGUCAUCGAGCUCGCCGGCGCGAAAACAACGUCCGCCCCGGGAUGGGCCUACGUGCCAGACACGGCCAUAGCUCCCGGAUCGGCUGGCAUCCAGCCUGUCAACAGGAAACGGGCGCGUAACCCGACCGGGGGAGGGCCAAGCCUGAGCGACUUGACGGCGAGACAGGAAAACAAGAUCCGGAAAGAGGUCGAGGCCCUGGGGAAGGACGGCUCAAGGGACAAUACAAUUCCUCUACCGGCGAAGAGCGGCCGCACGCAAACGAAAUUCACCCCCAACGUCCGCAAAGUGAUGCAGUCCCAAAAGACAUUUGCGAACCACCUCGACGACUACCUCGCCCUGCAGGCCCUCGAGGCCCAGCCGUCGUCCAACGCGAGCAAGCGGCCUGGGGUCGGCAAAAAGGACACCGCGGCCUCCACGCCCAGACAAUCUACGCAUGAUGACGACGUCGCCAUGACGGACGACCUGCCCCCCGUCUUGCCGCUGCCGUGCAAGGCGCCGCCUGCACCGCACCCCAGCGAUGGCGACCCGCUGCUCGCGUCUCGCGUGCCAGAGAUGCCGUCCGAUGCGGAGCUGCGCGGGUUAUUGGCGCACCCGCCGUUGUCGUAUCUCGAGGCGCUGGGGAACCUGGACGACAGAUAUCCGACGAGGGUGUUUUGUGAAGUUUGCGGGUACUGGGGGCGGGUGAGGUGUUUGAAGUGCGGGACGAGAGAGCCGCAGGGUGCAGGACAAGAUCGAUCGAGUCUCCUCAUACAACUGGACGACGAGAUAUUCGGGGAGAGGUCGAUUAUGGAGUCUCCCCGCUGGGAGCGAAGUGGUGGCUUUGGAUCAAUAGAUGUGUGGUACGCUGGGAAGGCUGGGUUGGGCGUUUUGCAUUGCUGGCGUUUGGGAUGGAUGGAAUGGCAUGAUACCCAGAUAGAGAGAGGACCGACUGUAUGGCUAGGUUCUUCGCUUCCACAUACCCUUUUCUUUUGCCACUUGCCAUCACAGGUCGCGUCUCGUUUGAGUCGGAUUGUGCCAUUCAUGGAGACCCUUGUAUUAUUUGAUUCUCUGGCAUUGGGCCAACCACCAUGGGCCGAAUGA